AUGAAAAUACUUCUUACAAUCUUUUUCCUCGGAUCAAUUUUGGCCUUCCCAAGUCGAUACGCUCAAUCCAACCGGGAUCUUCGAUUUCAGUUCGAAGAGCCGGAUCUUUUCGACAAUGGCCGAUGGACUGAAUACGACAUUCGUUCGGACUUCCCUGAGUCUGCUGAUUUCCUCAGCAACCACGUGGUUCGAACAUACCAUCCAGAUCAUCCCAUUGUAUUUGACGUUAACAAAUACAAUCGACUCAUUCGAAGGCUAAACGCCGAAAAACAGCUUCGACGAAACCUCGAUCUCCGCUAA